AAAACCCAUAUAAUGAUUUAGAAGAAAUCUUUAAAGAAUAUGGACAAGUUUUUUGUUUAGAAUUUAUAAUGGGCGAAAGAAUAACAAAGUUAAACGGAUUUUCACAUUUUAAACAGGAAGAUCUUACAAAAAUAGUAAGCAACGGAUUUAAAGAACUAAAGGACUGUCAUGAAAUUUUGGCUGAAUGGAAAACCCUUCUUAAUCAACACCAAAUGGAUUCGGAAAGGUUUUAUUUGUCCAAUAGCAAUUCAACUAUUAAUAUUAACAAUAUAAAUGACAUUGAUCUAUGUCUAAGUACUGUUGUUCCUAAAAACCAAAAUUCGUGGAAGAUCAUUAACCGUCUGCAAUUAAUACCUUUAUAUAAACUUCUUAAAGAUGAUUUUCAAAAGGAAAUAGAAAUUUUACUAAGCGAUGAAGAGCGGAUUUUGAUGGAUGGCUACUUUAAACUCGAAAAUAAUAAAAUUCGAUACUGUACUGUAAACUUUGGUUUUCUUCUAAAAAGUGAUAAUUAUCAAAUUAUUGGUUCAAUAGUUUCAAAUAAUUCAAAGAGAUCAGAUUUAAAUUUAAGAUUUCAAAUGCUGACAGUUUCAGGAUUUUCUGUUGUAAUUGAGGAUAUUGAUAACAAAGAAACAUCAAAGGAAGCAACCGAAAACAAAAAAACCAGAGACACACGAAUUUUAAGCGGUAUGGUUGGCAUUACACUUUCAUGUAAACAAAAAAUUUAUGAGAUUGAUAUGAAGAAAGAAAUGGAGAAGGUAGGAUUGCCACCAUUAUCACCGGAUUACAUGAUUGCAACCUCCUUCAAAUUUCUUUCACCAAAUUUUAAUCCUAAAUUUCAAGUAGCCCUAAAUUCAUGGUAA